UAUGAUAUAGAACAAUCGGGAAAAAAUGAAAAGAGAGUGCAAUUUCUGGAGAGAGAGAGUGAGAGAUGGAGACAGAGAGGGAGAGAGAGACAGAGAGGCUGUAGUACACAAGUGGGUGUUACUAUACAGCAUCAGUUCAGUGGUGAAGAUUAGGACGUUCAUUUUGCAGGAACAUACAAGGAUUUUUUAUAAAAAUGGGUUGUCUGGAGUUCCUCAAAGACUUUUUCCUGGGUUUCUGGGACUAUGAAACUCCAAAAGUAAUGGUGGUGAAGGACAAAAAACUCGGAGUCAUUUACAGAGCCGUACAGUUCCUGGUUAUCACAUAUUUCAUUUGGUAUGUAUUUAUCAGUCAGAAAGCAUAUCAGGAGACUGAGACGCGUCCAGAGAGCUCAGUGUACACUGAAAUGAGAGGUGUGGCCAUGCUGGGAGACAGCGUUCAGGACACAACAGAAUACGUCAGACCAUCUGAGGGAGGUGAUGUGAUCAGUACAAUUCUUAGAAGAGAAGUGACACACGAUCAGACGCAGGGCACGUGUGCUGAGCAUUACAGUGUUGCCAAUGCAAACUGCACAAAAGAUUCUGACUGCACUCAAGGGGAAAUUGACUUUGAUGGACAUGGUCAAAGAACAGGACGGUGUAUCCAGUACUACAACUACACAUUCAAGACCUGUGAGAUCAAAACCUGGUGUCCCAUUGAGGAAUAUGCUGUUGUCAGAGAACCAGCUUUGGAACAGGCUAUUAAUUUCACAGUGUUCAUAAAGAAUGCCAUCCAUUUCCCAAAAUUUAAAGUUCUGAGAGGCAACAUCAAACCAAACAAGCCGAAGAAAUUGCAACGGUGCCAGUAUCACCCAGAAACCAAUCCGUAUUGUCCAGUGUUCAGUCUGGGCUUCAUCGCAACACAGGCCCGAGAGAAAUUCAGCGAACUUUGCAGAACGGGUGGAAUAAUUGGCGUGUUCAUUAACUGGAAGUGUGAUUUUGAUGUGGAUCCGUCAGAGUGCAUUCCAACAUAUUCAUUCAGAAGACUGGACAUGAGAAAAAACCUACCCAGCUCAGGAUAUUACUACAGGUUUGCAAAGUAUUACCAUAAGGAUGGUGUGGAGUACAGGACACUCAUAAAAGCCUACGGGAUUCGGCUGGAUGUCAUUGUUCAUGGACAUGCAGGAAGAUUCAGUCUGAUUCCAACCAUCAUCAACACAGUCACGGCCAUGACGUCAGUAGGAAUUUGCUCAAUCAUCUGUGACUGGAUCAUGCUGACAUUUAUCGAUAAGAAUGAAGUCUUCAGUGAAAAGAAGUUUGAUGAUGUCUCCAAGAAACCCAGUCAGCCAAUCACAACAGACCUCACGCUUACAAGCUAUGGCUCCACCCACUCUGACCUGUCAGAUGGCGUGCCAUUAUAAAACAUCCUGCGCUCCAGUGAAGGCAUGCCAUGCCAAUUAUACAGCACAGUAGAAUGUUUUUACAUUAAGGACUGGAUAUUUUCCUGUCAUAGGAACAAUAAAUGUAGAAAACAGCACAACAUGUCGUAUGUGACCCUGGACCACAAAACCAGUUUUAAGUCGCUGGGGUUUAUUUGUAGCAAUAGCCAAAAAUACAUUGUAUGGGUAAAAAUUAUUGAUUUUUCUUUUAUGGCAAAAAUCAUUAGGAAAUUAAGUAAAGAUCAUGUUCCAUGAAGAUAUUUUGUAAAAUUCCUAAUGUAAAUAUAUCAAAACUUAAUUUUUGAUUGGUCAUAUACAUUGUUAAGAACAUUAUUUGAAGAACUUUAAAGGCAAUUUUCUCAAUAAUUUGAUUUUUUUGCACCCUCAGAUUCCUGAUUUUUAAAUAGUUGUAUCUCGGCCAAAUAAUAACAAACUAUACAUCAAUGAAAAGCUUAUUUAUUCAGCUUUCAUAAGAUGUAUAAUCUCAAUUUUGAAAAAAAAAAAUGACCCUUAUGACUGUUUUUGUGAACCAGAGUCACAUAUGUGAAUCUAGAAAGCUUCAAAAACAUGCAAA